AAGAAAACAAAACAAAAACAUUGCCCAAUAUAGGCCCAAAAUUCAAAGAGAAGUGAAAUUUCAUUAGAUGAUAAUUAAUUAGGAAAUUAGGAAAGUUAUGGAAACUCUUCAGCUCCCAUCUUCUCUACCCAGCCACUUCAUCUCCUUUCUUCUCCCCUAAUUGUUUUCUUCUCCCCUAAUUUUACUAGCUCAACUAUUCUUUAUUUUCGAAGUACACAAAUUGAUCCAUUCGAAGAGUUCAUUAUCUCUGAUGUAGAGCUACUACAGAUUCGAUUUCAGAGGUUUGGAGCUUUGCAUGUUAGCUCAAAAUCAUCAUCGAUGUCUUCACUAUCUCUCUUGCUAUGGUUUGUUUGUUUAGCAACAGAAUCGCAGCUGACUGAAGACCAAAAAGUGCUCGAGCGUGUUGCUCUUAGUUAGAUCCCUGAUUUCCGAAGUGGGUUCUCUAGCGAUUCAAGUUUUUUAGGAUAAUCAACCAGAAGUAAAAGGCCUAGGGUUUUGGGUUUCAGCUAAAAGAGAAUUUCAGGAUAACCACCAUAUAUAUGAGAAAACAGACGGAAAAGUUUCAAUUACAAUGUGAAGCAAAGUUUCUGAACCUGACAAGACCAGAAUUCUGCAAAUUGAUGGCACCGGGUGGAUGUGUUUUUAAGCAAACUACACUUACAGGGGAAACAAGCCAAGAUACUCAAUCACUAGAUGAAUCAAAUAACCAUACUCCUGCUGUGAAUACAAAUGAUUCCACUAGAAUCAGGAAUGGUCGUGGCAAGACUAGAGGGAAAGGUCUUGAAAAAAUGAAGAAGGCUCAAGGAAGAAAGAUGAAAAUAGAGAUCCCAGUUGGUAAAGGAAGGCCCAACUAAACCAGAUCAAUCGGCAAAACUAUCCAAUGAGCUAGGGAUAAUUGCUCGAAAUUUUCUUUUGCUUCUAAACAAGUGGAAAGAACUCACAAGAGAGGACAAAGAUGCAACACUAAUUAGAUGCCAUAUAAGGAUUCUAUACUCUUGUAAAUUUAUUUCAUGGUAGUGAUUAUAUUGAGUUCUUUUUUUGGGUAUUGCUAUUUUUCAUUCAUCUUGUUUUUUUGGAGAACUACUCGGCUAUAUGUAUCUCCGUCGAUAUCUAAUAGUAAGUUAACUAAUGGU